AUGGGUCGUAUAUUGUUGAGUCGAUCGAACGGAACCGGGUAUCUUCACACCCUCUGCUCGAACUUCCGCUACUAUCACAGCCCAUCCAUCAUCUUGAAUAUCAGCUCGAACAUAUCAAAAGACUCAUCAGCAACAGAAUACGAAUGUUCUGGUAUCACUAUCGUUGGCGAACUCGUCUCUCAACCCCCAACCGCCUUCCCCGAGCCUGUGCCGUUGCCUGAGUAA